AUGCAAAGCUACAGUCCCAUCCCUCCACCUCAACUGCCCCCGCCGCGUCCUGCACUCCAGGAUGUCACUGCUAGAGCCAAUCAGUCACCAAUCACUCUCCCACCUAUCAUCAACGAUGGGUCUCAGAAGUCCUCCAUGGGGCCCGUUUACUGGGAGGGAGAGCAGGCCCGGGCCAGGGAUCAAGCAGAGUCCCUCCGACAAUUAUAUCAACAAACCGCUGUGGACGUAGGCAGAAACGUACCGGCACCAUUGAAUCAUCGUAAUCCAUUCACGCACCCCACGCCCAGCUCUCGUGGAUAUGUGGUGAACGGCAGCUCCCUCGCGACGGCACAGCGCCCUGCAGCGGAGCCGACUGGCCCGAAAAGCAGGAAGCGCAAGGCUGAGACCUCUUCAGAUGAUGCCAUUGCCGCCUACAAGCAAAACCUGGAUCACAUCACAGUGCCUGACCUUAUUGACCUUGACUGUAGUGCUGUUAGAUCCCUCAUCCGCAAGGUCCUCGACCGGGGCAUCUUCAAAAAGGGUGAAUUCUGCAUCGCCAUCGGAAGCAGUAAUAAUGCCGUCAACAGGUUCCUGGCUCAGCGGGGCUUGGACGGGGGCUCCGGAAGUGACGUAUAUGAUAAUGCCUGGACGUGGUUCAAGAAACGAGAGCUCGCGGGAUUGAAGAUGCCUUCCAUCGCUGCGGCACAGAAGAAGCAGAAGACUACAGCCACCGGUCCUUCAUUUGCAGACAUCAGCAACAUCCAUCUCGAUGGCGAGGAGACCGACUCCGUUCCCGUCUUCGACACGUGUGACGUGAUCCGCAAGAAGAUCACCACCCACCUCCUCAAGACCCCCGGCCUUACUCAGGCACAAUUCUGCCGGGAUCUCUAUGCACAGCUCAAGGCGCCGACCUGCAAGUCUAUCCAGUCGAAAAUGCUUAAUGACUUCAGGGGCAAGAAGGGCCCAACCGCCGGCUGCACCAGCUCCGUUUACUAUGCGGCGUAUGUCUAUUUUGAGAAACUAAGGAUCGCCGAGGGCAAGCCGAAGAGCAACCACCGGCUCGAGAUGGAGGAUAUCUACCCCAGACAAGGUAUGGAUCGUGAAAGAGAUGACACUCAAUGCUUCUGGACCGUCCGUGACCAGGUGCCCGUGAUGGAUGAGUACGGCCGUGUGACCUUCAUGAGGCACUAG